AUGUGCAGUGUGGAGGGACUUAAUGCCAGAACUGAUAAAGCUGCACUUGUGUCUUUCAAGAAUGCACUCUCUGAUCCACAAAGAGCUCUUCGUAGCUGGACCCAAAAUACCUCCCACUGCAGUUGGUAUGGUGUUUCUUGUUCCAUGAAAGGAGCUCGAGUCCGGUCGCUUAGCCUUUCUAGUCUCGGUCUUUUUGGUCCUAUAACUUCUCAGCUCUCAAAUCUCAGUUCCCUAUAUAUGCUUGAUCUUUCCAAUAAUUCAUUUUAUGGCCAAAUUCCAUCCGAGCUUGGUCGUCUUUCUCACCUUCAGUAUCUGCUUCUUGACAUAAAUUCCAUCGAUGGUACUAUCCCAGUUCUUCUUUCUCAGUGUCAUAAUCUGAAAAUGAUCAAAUUAAUUGCAAACAACCUCACUGGCAACAUUCCUUCAGAAUUGGGUAAUCUGCAAAGACUUGAAACUCUCAACUUUGCUAUCAAUCUCCUCAGUGGUGUUAUCCCUGUAACAUUUGGAAAUCUAACCUCUCUUAAGAAUCUUUCCCUUGCAAGAAACCACCUCAGUGGAGAAAUUCCAAGCGAGCUUGGUCGUCUUCGAAACCUUCGUCGGAUUCAGCUGUCAGAUAAUCAGCUUACUGGAGAAAUUCCGCAAUCUAUAUACAACAUUUCUUCUUUAGUCUUCUUAUCUGUGACAAAUAACAGGCUUACUGGAAAGCUUCCAAGUGAUGUGGAUUUGGGUUCUGCUCUUCCGAAUCUCAUGGGGCUUUUCUUGGCGCAAAACAGGGCCUAUUCCUCUGUUUGGGAGGAAUGA